AUGGCACCCCAAGAUACCUUUAUCGACGAGGAGGAAGAUACCUGCCCGCUAUGUAUCGAAGAGUUCGACCUGUCCGAUCGGAAUUUUCGACCUUGCCCAUGUGGCUACCAGGUGUGCCAGUUCUGCUUCAACAACAUCAAGAACAACAUGAACGGCCUGUGUCCCGCAUGCAGGAGACCGUACGAUGAAAAGACGAUACAGUGGAAGGUCGUCACCACGGAAGAGGUUGCCGAGUUUCGAGCAAAUAUCCAAAAGAACCAGAAGAAGCGCGCUCAAGACCAGAAGCAAAAAGAGGUUCAAAAGCGCGAAGUCGAGAAAGAAAGUCGCAAGAACCUCGUUGGCGUCCGCGUCGUUCAGAAGAACCUGGUUUAUGUGACCGGUCUGACACCUACAGUGCGAGAGGACGAACUACUCAAGACGCUGCGCAAGCCUGAGUUUUUCGGUCAAUACGGCAAUAUUCAAAAGAUCUCGAUCAGCAACCGAAAGACAUCAGACGGCCAAAACUCUCUCGGAAUUUAUGUGACUUUCGAGAAGAAGGAGGAUGCCCAGCGGUGCAUCCAGGCGGUCAACGGUUCUCAGAAUGGGGAUCGUGUACUGAGAGCCCAGCUUGGUACGACAAAGUAUUGUUCGGCAUGGCUGCGGCACGAACAGUGCGCCAACAGGCAGUGCAUGUUCCUGCACGAGUUAGGUGAUGAGGAAGACAGCUACACUCGGCAGGACCUGUCUUCGAUGAAUAGCAUCAGCUCGCAGCGGCCGCUGCCAGCGGGCUCCUCAUCAAACAGCGGUGGCGGACCGUCACGGACUGCAUCGCGACAACAAAAUAUCACGCCCUCCGUACCCCCGGCUUCGCAACCCAUGGCGCGAUCAUCGAGCAAGGAAGGAUCUGAGAAUGGUGGCGACGGCCCAGCUCUGCCAGCAUCGGCCAACUGGGCAAGGAAUCCUCAGCGCAGUCGCAGAGGAAGCCACGCCACCAGUGGCGCCGCUUCCAGCCCUGCAAUUUCGACAGCUCUCCCCGCAACCGCCGAGGCAGUACCCGAGGCUAUCGACGAGACGCCCUCAAGAGAGGAGUCACCCGCGCCUGCGACCGAGAGCAAAGCCUUGAAGUCCCCUACCACAGCUGACAGCAGAAAAUCCAACAGUCUCCCGGAGAACCUCCUCAAGGGACUUCUUAAGGCCAUGCAGGGUUGUCCUUUCAGUUACCAUGAACCCGAUACGAACCAGAUCGAGACGAUUUACCCCCCCAUGUUCGAUACCCGCGGAGGCGAGAAGAGACGAGCUAUGCGCGAGGAGGAGGAGUCACGCCUGGGUGUCGACCAGGAGCAGCAAAGCGAUGCACAAGAAGCCUCGGAAGGCGAGCCAGAGACGGGAGGCAGUCUGGCCCUCGGCGGGGAGCCCGAAGAUCGGGAUGCCGCUCACGACGUCGCAUUCGAGCAGCGCCGACCCGGAACGCAGCCGCCUAUCCAGCGCACCAACGGUGAAGGCCUCUUCGGUCCUGCACUUGGUUCAGGGUUCGGCCAAGCCUCUGUGUCCGGCGGUUCCGUUGCCGGCAGCCGCUCGAUGACACCUCAGCAACAACUUUUCGUCCGGUCCCAGAGCGGUUUCGGCGAUCAUCUGCCUCCGGGCAUCGCAACUGCGCAGCCUUCAGCGGUUCAGCAACAAGGUGGCGGCCACAACAGACAAGGAUCGAGGUUCAGCUUUGCUAAUGACACCGCCGGCACUUCAGCUUCAGUCAAGGUUGCCGCGAACCCGAGAAUCAUGGCGCAGCAGACGGCCAUGAUGCCAUCCGCUUUCCACUCGCAGCCCGGCAGCCAGUAUUAUGCAUCCUCCAUGCCCGGACCUCCUCCGGGUCUCAAGUCGACAGGCACGCCACCAAACAUGUUUGGACAGGGCCACUCGUUCGGUGGCAGCUUCGGUGCGGCCUCCAAGGAUUCCGCCGAGCUUCUUCAGACGUUGAUUCGCGGUCGGGGAGCCAAUGGUCAGGGUCAUGAUGCUGCUCCUGCUUCGGGCCUCCUGGCGUCGCUCUACGGUAACCAGCCUGGAGCAUUCCAAGACUUCGGUCCCAAGCAGAAGAAGAAGGGGAAGAAGCACAGACAUGCUAACACUUCCUCCUCUGGGGGAGGUGGCCUAGUUGAUCUUGCGGACCCGAGUAUCCUGCAAGCGAGAAUGCAACACCAGUCGCAGAGCAACGCCGGAGUCGGACAGGGACUGUUCGGUGGACAGAGCCAAGGUGGGUACAACCCGAACAUGAUGUACAACACGCGCUUCCCAGGCGCCGGCUGGUAG